AUGAUCAGCCAAUAUUUAUCUUUCGUAGCUAUCAUUUUAACCCAUUCCAUUAAUUUCUCCCUAUCUGCAUCGACUACAACCAAAUGCAAGACCAUUACUCAGGAAGAUAUUUCACAAUCUGUAAUUUGGAAGGUUCAACACAGUCCUUAUUGCCUUCGCUCCAUUGGUCCUACUACUGUUAGAGCAAAUGCAACACUAACCAUUGAAGCAGGCGUUGUUAUACGCUGUCAAACUUCACAUUUAGAAAUUAAUGGAAAACUUAUUGCCAAGGGGACAUCAAGCCAAAAUAUUUAUUUCAUUCAGGAAAGUAAUGAUUAUGAUACUCUUUCAUUCUAUGGCGCAGCUUGGCUAAAAACAUUACAAACUAAUACUUCAUGCCAAGAUAACGCUUCUAUACUCAGAUAUUGUAAUAUUACUGGAGGACAUCUCGCAAUUUCCGCUAUGGAAUCGAUCGUUCAAUUACAAAAUGUUUAUAUCAAAGUAUCCGAUGUUGGAGUUGAAGCUACUCGGUCAUGGAUAGAAAUGGAUAAUUGCACUAUCAUUGGUAGUCAAGGGUCAGCUAUUACAGCAUACGAUGGACUAUAUCUUGGCCAUGAUACUCAUAUUUUCCUGCAAGACUGCAACGCCAUUUCUCUUACUAAUAAUAUUAUUAUGGAUACUGGUGGAGUUGCGAUCGAGAUCUAUAGAUCACCAACUGCUAUUCAAGAAUUUAUCAACAUCAGUAAGAACCAAAUUAUAAGAAAUCAACAAAUUUUUAAAGUUAUCGGCUCUGGUAGAAAGCUGUCUAUUAGUCAUAAUCUAGUCCGAGACAACCACUGUAGCGAUGAUGCUGCUAUGCAGAUCGAAUUUGUUGGUAAUAUUACUAUCAAUCAUAACGAAAUUAUUAAUAACAAAGCCAAUCUUAUCGGUGCUUUAAAUAUUAAAUCUGUACGGGUUCCAAAUACACAUAUCACUUUAACAAAUAAUUUCAUAAGCACUAACGUCGGUAGUUAUGCUAUCAUAGUUAUUGAUCAAGGUACACAUCAUCAAUUAACCCAAAAUUCUAUUGUCAAUAAUCAUGUUGAAAGUUGGUCAACGGCAGAAAAAACUGCUUGUGCUAUAUUUAUUAGUGCAAAAAAUGGAAUAGAUGCAAGGAAUAAUACAUUUUCCAAUGAUAGAGCUGAUUGUGAAAUUAAUAUUUCGGAUGUAUUGAAUGGUUAUUUAGAUACCAGAUAUUGCUAUUGGGGCAGCACUGAUGUUCAUUACAUCUCUCAGAGAAUUCUUUAUAACGUUCAAAGUCCUGCUGUUUAUUCCUAUUUUCUAUCACAACCUAAUGGAAAGAUCUACCCAAGUGAUCCCCUGGUUCAUUUUGGUGCUAUUCUAGGCUCUGAAACAUGGACAAGUUACAAAAGUAGCAAUAAAAACAAUGUUCAUACUAUCUUAAAUCAAACAACUUUGGUUCUAUUGCCAGGUAGCCAAAUCAUUAUAGAUAAAGAACAGAUCUUUCAAAUUACGAGCAAUGUAGGGAUCUAUGCUAAAGGUACAAUCGAAAAUCCCAUAACUUGGAUAAUCAAAGAAAAAGGAAAGAUUAUCAUCAAUCAAGACAUUCCGUUAUCCAAUGAUGAAUGGAAUAAUCAUUAUCCAAGCCAAGACGGACUAAUAAAUCAAUCGAAUUUCCAAUAUGUUAAUUUUAAUACUGUGCACUACGAUGGAGGUAUCAUCAUUCAAUCAGAUAAUUAUAGCAAUGAUAAUCUUAAAGCUUACAACCAUCAAGUUAAUAUACAAGAAAAUAUAUUUUAUAAGAACAGUAUAUAUAAAACAGACUUAAUUUCAUUACUUGUUGAUGACAAUUCGCAAUUUAAAUCUAAUAAUAUUACUGAAACCAAUAAUGUUCAAGACGGUAAAUAUUGCAUUGUCAAAAAUCUAGUUAAUUCACCAUCCUAUCAAUGGAAUUAUUUUAAUAACCCAAAUGUAGCCUUUCAAUUAUGUAAUUUAGCACCAUUCUCUUAUGAUAAAGUUGUCGAUAGCCGAUAUUGUUUUUGGGGCGUCGAUGAUUAUUUCAAUGUGACUGAAGUUAUUAAUGACGCAAGAUGGAAUUCUCAAUUUUCCUAUGUCGACUAUACGGUUUUCCGUAAUCGUUGGAAUCAAAUUGUAACUACUAAUUUCACUCUUCAUAAAGAUAGCUUGGCAUCAAAUACAACAUGGUCAAGGAAAGAUAAUCCACAUUUAAUCUACUUGUCGUUAACCAUACCAUCUGAUGUCACUUUGACCAUUGAGUCUGGCGUUAUAAUCUACAUGGAUGCAGCGUCACAAAUUCAAGUAUUUGGAUCGAUAAUAGCAAAAGGAAAUUUAUCUCAUCAAAUUCAAUUUACCAGCAUCGACAAGUAUCAUAAUUAUCCACAGUCUACUCGUUGGAAUCGGAUUACAUUCUACCAUAAUAAUCGAUCAAGUCUCUUAAAAUACUGCCUUUUUCGAUUUGGUGGUUUAUGGGAUGCCAUGGUUAACGUCGCUAGCCCAUAUACUCAAUUUUUUAACAAUGUAUUCAUGAUCGAUUUUGGUCAGCUAUUCUUUCCAAAGAAUAUUACGAAUUUAAUUUGUCACAAUUGUACAUUUAUAAAAGGGAUAAACCAAUAUGGUGAUGGGAAAUAUGUUGCUGUAUCACCCCACUCUAAUCAAAACUUUCCCAAUGAUUAUAUCAUCUCAAUCGAUACUCAUCAUUUGUAUCACAAGAAUCAAAUAAUAGCCAUAAUUCCUCAUUCAGCUAUGGAAAUAGCUAAUAUCACAGAUGCAAGUCGAACUGGUCAUUUAUGGAUUUACCCAAUUAAACAAGCAUUAACUAACAUCCAUGUUAUAACUCAUCCAGUCCUUUCUAAUCGCAUCAUUAUGCUAGAAAUUGAAAUCAGGAAUAGCGAUAGUCAUGAUCAACUUCUAAGAAUAGGCGUCCCUCUCUUUCUGACUAAAUCUUUUAACACCCACAUUACGUCGACCACAGUGGCGCCAAUUAUUUUGAAAAAUCAAAGUUGUAAGCCUCCUACACCUUCAGCUAUGGCUACAUUUAAUUCCAAAAUUUGGAGAACUACAAGUCAAAGAACAGUAGCGUCAAGAUCGACAUUCUCUGAGUAUAAACUACUAUCUUCUAGUACAACUUUUUCUUCCUUCACUAGCGGCUAUGAUAUUAGUCAUACGAGUAGUAAUAUUAGAACUAUAUUGACAACAAUCACUCUUGCAAAUGAUGGUGAUACCAAUAAGAAGAGCAGUGAUAACAUGCACAUGGAAAGAAAGCAGCCCAGUAAUUCCAACGCCGUUACUGCGGUGGUUGUACCAGUUGUUAUUCUAGUUGUGCUUGGUAUAGCGAUCAGCAUUGCAAUAACAAGAAAACGACUAGCUAGAUUCCUUACAUUCUCUUGGAAUAGUAACAGCGAUACUCUUGAAAAUCCAAUUAUUGAUGCAGAAAUGACCGUCUAUUCAAAAAUGGAAAACGAGAAAUGCUACGACAUCUAUUAA